AAAAGUAUCCAAUGUCAUCUAGAAUUACAUACUUAUCUUUAACCAAUUUCAAAAACAGUAGACAACUGUCUUAUACAUAUAAACAAAUUUGACCCAUUUCAACCAAUUGUUAUAUAAACAAAUUUGACCCAUUUCAACCAAUUGUUUGUACAAUUUUGUAAAAAAUAUAAAGCUUUGUCGCUUCAAUUUCAGUCUACUGUUUACCUUCAAAUUGGUAGUACAAAGAUUUUGCAGUUGUGAUUUGUGUGAAAAAAGUUAAAGAAAAUGGCAAGGGGAAAGAAGAUAUGUGAAAAUGUUGGAUUUCGGCUAGUGAGAAGUACUUCAUUUGGGAGGAAAAGAGUGUGUUUGCCUGAUAUUGCAGAUCUUGAUUUCAUUUCCACAACACCAACCAAGAAACUCUGUAGACAGAAUUCAUUUUCCACUUGUGUGAAGUCCCAUCUUGAAGCCCUGCCUCAAGAUAUCCUGAUAAGAAUAGUAUGUGGAGUUGAUCAUGAUGAUCUAAAGAGGUUGUUUCAUGUAUCAAAAACAAUUAGAGAAGCGACUUUGGUUGCAAAAAGAUGGCAUUUUGAAUAUAGUACACCAAGAAAGACACUUGGUUUCAUGAAUGCUACGUUCCCUCUGAAUUGGAGCGAGUCUAAUGACGUUGAAGUGCCAAAUGCUCCUAGGCAAUCGAAGUUUCCUAGGACUGGGUUAAGCCAGAAGAAACUGGCUGAUAUAUCUGUGGCCUUGUUCACAUCAGACGAUGAAGAAAAUUGGCCACGGAGGGAGUUAUUUAUGCAAAUGGACACCAAGAUAUAGAUCUCGUACAGAUUCUUUAUUGGUACUACAACAACAAGAACAAUAACAAUAGCAACUAUGCUUCAAGAGAGUUGGGAUUGGCUAUAUGGAUCCUCAUUGGUCGGUCGCUCCAUUUAAGUCCGGAUCAAUCUGGAUUCUAUAUAGGUGUUGUUGUAGAAAUCGUAGUAUAAAAAAGAAAAGCUUGAUUUGAUAAUGCUUACCAAAUUUCAGCUGCUUUGUGUGUAAAUGUCACAACAAUCUUUACAAGCCACAUUGUUCUUCAACACUUUCAUUGAAGAUGGUGUGGCUUUGUUUGUAUUUGUUUGUACUUGUAGAGAGGUUGACUUACGGAUUUUGUUUGAAGGGCUCUGUUGGCCUUACUUAUCUCAUAAGAAUUUUAGUUGUAUAUAGGAGUCUAGUCUCUUGUAGUACGAUUCGUUAAGUUAAAUGAAUAUACAUGUAUUCCACUUCCGUUCAAA